GGAGGACCGCACGCAGAACAUCAUCAUGGUGCUCAAGGACCGCAUGAAGAUCCGCGAGCGCAACAAGCCGGAGAUCUUCGAGCUCAUCCAGGAGGUGUUCGCGGUGACCAAGGCGGCGCACGGGCAGCAGAUGAAGGCCGUCAAGCAGAGCGUGCUGGACGGCACGUCCAAGUGGUCGGCCAAGAUCAGCAUCACCGUGGUCUGCGCGCAGGGCCUGCAGGCGAAGGACAAGACGGGCUCCAGCGACCCCUACGUCACAGUCCAGGUUGGAAAGACCAAGAAGCGGACGAAAACCAUCUACGGGAACCUCAACCCCGUGUGGGAGGAGAACUUCCACUUCGAGUGCCACAACUCCUCUGACCGCAUCAAGGUGCGCGUCUGGGACGAGGACGAUGACAUCAAGUCCCGCGUGAAGCAGAGGUUCAAGCGGGAAUCCGAUGACUUCCUGGGGCAGACGAUCAUCGAGGUGCGGACGCUCAGCGGCGAGAUGGACGUGUGGUACAACCUGGACAAGAGAACAGACAAAUCUGCCGUGUCGGGCGCCAUCCGGCUCCACAUCAGUGUGGAGAUCAAAGGCGAGGAGAAGGUGGCUCCCUACCAUGUCCAGUACACCUGUCUGCAUGAG